CUGGAACAUCACGACCUGAACUGACUUCAAGACUGCGCAAUGGCCGGCGCCACUGGCGUGCUACGAGGACGGUUGGACCCCAGGUACUCCGAGCGUCGGAGGCCGCUUCCCACGGUGUCUGUGGCCGUACUCGCGGCCGUAUGGGCGUGCAACCUGCUGCCAAAGGUUUUCUCGGUGUCAGAGUCCUUGCGCUCCGUGCGCGCACGCAUAGCCGCUGCCGGACGGCGCGGCUCGCAGCGCGAGAUGCUGCAGCGUGUGCGACUCAUCGCCGUCUCCAAGUUCAUCCCCAGCGAUCUGGUCAAAGAAGCACAUGAUGCUGGUCAGGUGGACUUUGGCGAGAACUACGUGCAGGAGCUGCUGGAGAAAAGUGCUACCCUGCCCCAAACCAUCAGGUGGCACUUCAUUGGUCGGCUUCAGUCCAAUAAGGUGAAGAAGCUGCUGGACGUGCCCAAUUUGGUUUCCAUCGAGACCGUCGACUCGGCUGCGUUGGCUGAGAGGAUCGCGGCAGCGGCGACCCAUCGAGAGCAGGUGCUGGACUUGUCCAUCCAGGUGGAUACCAGCAAUGAAGCUACCAAAGGCGGCGUCUCCCCCGAUGCUGCCCUGCCACUGGCAGAGCACGUGGCCGCGCUGUCACCGCACGUGCGCUUGGCCGGGCUCAUGACCAUCGGAGCGCCGGGCGACCUGAGCGCCUUUGAGCGGCUCCACCAGCUGCGGCACCGGAUCGCCCAGCAGCUCCAGGUACGUUCUCAAGGCGUCCCUCGAGAAUAUCCUGACGAAUGGCUGGAGCUUCGUUGGAUCAGGUCGUGGAAGAAGAGCUGCAGCUAAGCAUGGGCAUGUCCGGCGACUUCGAGGAGGCGAUCAAGCGUGGAGCGACCUCUGUGCGUGUAGGUACCUCCAUCUUUGGCACCAGACCGCCCAAAGAGUAA